AAAUCGAUAUUCAAGUUCGAAAAGUCAUAUUUGUUCAUGUUUUUUACAUCGUUACUAUUUGUUAAUCAUGGCUGUUGGUUUGUUAACACCAUAUCAUUUAUAAUUUUGAAAUAUCUAAAUAAAUUAUGUUAUUCAGUUGCCUGGUUUGUAGUCAAAUUGAACAAAAUGGAACAAAAUUGAACAAAAUUUAAGUGUUUUCGGAUUCUUUGAAACCUCUGCAAAAUCAUCAUCCUUAUUUUGACAAUAAUUUAAUCACUUCAAUAUCUAAUCUUGGUCUUCUCUUCAUUGAAUAAUUAAUUGAUAAACAGUGUCACUGUCCAUUUAAUGUCUAUCCUCAACAUUAAUAAUAAUAAAGAGGAGUUCCACUAUGCUAACUGUACCUUCAUAUGUUGACUUUACACCAUAACGCCGGUUUCCUAAUUUUCCAAGCAACAAAUCGCCAACAGACCGUUUACCAAUAUUUACCAGAUAUUUUCCCGGAGUUUGAUUUCUAUCCAGUAUUCCACGAUAUUCCUGAUGUUCUGUUUAUUAUUAAAUCUUCGUUAUCUCAUCUGGUUUAUCUAUCUUUUCUCACAGCUCAGUUAUCACUUAGUUGCUAACACAACAAUCAACCUACAUAACUCAUUUAUACCACUCCUAUUAACAUAAUUACGUUGAUGGUGAUCAUUUGAUCUUGUACACUAUCGUUUAUGCUAGAAAGAAAAGCUGGUUUGUUUAUAUUUUUUAUGUUCACAUGGGUAGAAAGAAGCUAUCAACUCUUUUUAGUAUAGUAUGUUUACUUUUGACUGGAGUUCUGCUCAUUACUAACAUUUCCAUUGAUGAUGUUGUUACACAUGUUAUUAAGAAAAGCCUCUGUUAUCCUCGGAUGGUCAGCAAUACCGAUGAAUAUGAUCAUGGGAAUUCUUCAAAUCCUGGAUGUAUAUUACCUGAAAUUGAUCCAUUUGAUCCCGCAAUAUUGCCUUACAUCCACAACGUAUCUCUUCACUGUAAGCAAUCACCUCAGUUAACUGUUAUAAACUCAGAUGAUCGUUUGGUCAUCCAGAUUCCAGAUAAUACUCAAGAGAGUGUUGAUUGUUAUUACUCAUGGGUAUAUCGAGCUAAAUCUGAUGGCGCAGUUUCUUAUGGUCCUGUGAAUGUGAUCCCUUCAACCGGUGGUGUUCAAUUUGAUAGCGAUGCAAAUGUUGUAAACACUAGCUGUAUCAAUCAAAAAACAAAACAAAUUAUCUAUCGCAAUAUUCAUUUCCAUAUUCCUACAUUCAAACAACCAUCAGUAACCAAUUAUCAAGCAAAUCCAUCCGUUAUUAUUUUAGUGAUUGAAUCUCUGAGUCGCCUAAGCUUCCAAAGGUUUAUGUCUUCCACUAAUCAAGCGAUGAACGAUAUUGGUAAUUUUCAACAUCUCAGAAGUUUAAAUCGUGUCGAAGAAAACUCUUUCCCUAAUUCAAUGGCUUUGCUUGCUGGAAUGGCAAUCACAGAUGAUCUAGCUUCAUCAUAUUAUGGAAUUCACUGGGAUAAUAAAUUACCUUUCAUUUGGAAUACCUUCAAGGCAUCCGGAUAUGUGACAAGUUUCUUAGAGGAUCAACCAAUGGCUGGUCUGUUCUCAUAUUACAAUCGAGGUUUUCUCGAUCGUCCAACAGAUUUUUAUCCAGUUGAAUUUUGGUCUCAUAUGUACCCAGAAGGAACUGCACACAUGUACGAUCUCUUAGUGAAUCCUAUUAACUAUUGUUUUGAGAAAGUUGGAAGCAAAGUGGAACUUUUUUUAUCAAUGUGUUCCAAAUUUGUCGAAGAUGUGAUCAAUCGCCAACGGAAUCCUUAUUUUUUAUACGCCUUUUACAGUCAAAUGACCCAUGAAGAUUUCAAUAAUUUCCAAUUAGUAGAUCAACCCGUGGCUCAAUUUCUUCUUUCUUUGUCACCUUCAGUGUUGGAUAAUUCAAUUAUUAUUGUUAUGGGCGAUCAUGGGCCUAGAGUUGGAAAUGUUACUAAAUCUUUAGGUGAUCCAACAAAUAGCCCAUAUGCUCGAGUAGAAGGAAGUCUUCCAUUUUUUGCUAUGAGAAUCCCAGACUCUUUGGACUCAAAAUAUCCUCACUUGAGGAAAUAUCUUUCUUUAAAUGAAGAUCGACUGUCAAGUUGGUUUGAUAUGCAUCAGAUAUUGCUAGACACAGCUCAAGGUCAUUUCAAACCCAUUGGAACUCGCAAAGAAACUCCAGUUGCUUAUUCAAUUUUUCGUGAAGAAAUUCCUAUCAGUCGGACCUGUGAAGAUGCCAACAUCAGUCCAGUUUACUGUGCCUGUAAUGGCAGAGUUGGAAUCAAUCCCACCUUGAAAAGUUUUCACAUUGACGCAGCCAAAGGUUUAGUUAAUGAAUUGAGAACCAUUUUCCACAAAAACAAAUGUCGAUCAAGGAUAACCUUUGAAAAAAUAUUGUCAGGAGAGUUCUUCUAUCCACGAUCAAAUGAAACCUGGUCUACUUACGAAAGAGCAAAUUUAACAAUAAAAGUUAAACCAAGUCAAGCUGUGAUCACUGGAAUGGUGUAUCGAUCAAGAGAUUCAACCGAUUAUCGUUGGAGUCCUUGGAAGUUUUACGAUCCAACAAACAAAUUGAAUUCAGCAGAAUACACAAAGUAUCUCACAAAAUUACUUUGCGUUAAUCAUGUCCUGAAAAAUGUAAAUGUUGCCAUUAUUUAAAUCUAUUAAUAAUAUUAAACACUCAAUCAAAAUAAA